ACGCAUGCGCAAACGAGCGAGCCCGCUGACAGAUUCGCGGCGGCAGCGGCGGCGGCGGCCCUGGCCCUGGACUGCGGGGAAUGGGAGUCCUAGGUCUCUGAGCGCCGCCCCCGCCUCCCUGCCCCCGACAUGGCUCAGGAGAAGAUGGAGCUAGACCUGGAGCUGCCUCCGGGUGCUGGCGGGAGCCCGGCGGAGGGCGGCGGCGCCAGCGCCGGCGGGGGCCUCCGGAGGUCUAACAGCGCCCCCCUGAUCCACGGCCUCAGUGACACUUCGCCGGUGUUCCAGGCCGAGGCGCCGAGCGCCAGGCGGAAUAGCACAACGUUCCCGAACCGCCACGGCCUGCUGCUGCCGGCCUCCCCCGUCCGCAUGCACAGCAGCCGCCUGCACCAGAUCAAGCAGGAGGAGGGCAUGGACUUGAUCAACCGAGAGACGGUCCACGAGCGCGAGGUGCAGAACGCAAUGCAGAUAAGCCACUCCUGGGAGGAAAGUUUCAGCCUGAGUGACAACGACGUGGAGAAGUCCGCCUCCCCGAAGCGCAUCGAUUUCAUUCCGGUGUCACCAGCACCGUCCCCCACCCGCGGGAUUGGGAAGCAGUGUUUUUCACCAUCCUUGCAAAGUUUUGUGAGUAGCAAUGGAUUGCCUCCAAGUCCGAUUCCCAGCCCAACGACUCGAUUUACCACCCGGAGAAGCCAGAGUCCCAUCAAUUGCAUUAGACCAAGUGUUCUUGGACCAUUGAAAAGAAAAUGUGAAAUGGAAACUGAGUAUCAGCCAAAGAGAUUUUUCCAGGGCAUCACCACCAUGCUUUCUUCUGACGUUACGCAGCUGUCAGAUUCUGGUGUGUGUGUAUCUUCUGAUGCCCUUGAUGGAAACAGCAGCAGCGCGGGAUCUUCCUGUAAUUCACCAGCGAAAGUCAGCACUACCACCGACUCGCCUGUGUCGCCUGCCCAAGCGGCCUCUCCAUUUAUUCCAGUAGAUGAACUUUCAUCUAAGUGAUUCCCCCACCCAUCCCCGAGAGGGUGGUGGUGUUUGUUGUUGGGUUUUAUUUUGUUUUUUUGUUUUUUGUUUUUGAUUUUUUUUUUUUUUUGCAACGGAGAGGAAAAUCAAGUUGGAGCAAGCACUGAACUUUGUCAAUUAAUUUGAGGCUAUUUCCUAUUCGACCCUUUUCCUUUUUUUGGAAUUUCCUGCGAUGUUGUUAUUCUAGAGAACUUUUAUGUCAGGUUCCUGCGGAUGCCCUUGAAUUCAGUGUAGUGAUAUUUUCAGACGUUUUCCCAAUGAGUGUGUUGAAGCAUACGUCUUUAUGCUGCUAAUAUGUUUAAAUACAUAUGUUAUCCCUUGAUUUUUUAAAAUAAUUGAGAGCUCUAUUUAUUUAUGGGAUUAUUAAGUUCUGAUGCAAAUAUAAAUGUUGAAUUAAUCAGCAUAGUAAACUGAUGUUUUAAAAUUCCAUAUUUCAUGCCCACACUGAUUUUUAAUAUUAUUUGUCAGUGAUUGCUAAUUUCUAUUUGAAGAAUAACUUACCUAUUUACAGCAGUUUUUAAAAAAAAAUGUUAGUUAUAACAUGUCAGUCCAGUGGUCUCUUUUACCCAGGAAUCCUUGAAUAUUUAAUUUUCUGGGUACACAUGUGGGGGGGAGGGGGAAUGAUACAAAGAACCAAAUCUAAGAGCUUGCAACAAAUCUUUUACAAAUUGCAUUAUAACAGUAAACAUUUAUGGAAAGCGUUUUCUAAUGAAAUUUUAAUAGAAAUUCUAAUUACUCAUGCAAAUAUCACUACAGAAAAGUUAAAAAAAAAAAAAAAAAAAAGAGUUUUUUGUUUUAGACCAGAAAGUGCAUUCUCCUGGGUAUAAUCCUGAGGUGAAAUGGGCCAGUGCCUUGCAGUCUCAGCCCUGGGUACAUAGGCUGAGACCAGGUUCUUUGCACCACUGCAAACUGAAAAGUUUUUCAGACGUAGCUAAUGUGGGAAGCCCCAUUGGACUUCACCAGGGCCCCCGGGCAGAUAAAAGUCUCUCAGUGAUUGAUAUGCUUUAAAAUAUCCAAUUGUGCCUCAGUGAAAAUCCUUGCCAACAAGGAGUCAGAGCGACUACUCUUGGCUGCCUUUCUGCUCUGCCCAUCUGUCACCUUCCUGGUUUACCCUGGCUCAGGAAGGAAGCAGCUGUUUCCUUGCCAACAGGUCCUUCCUCCCCACCUCCCCACCAAACUAGGCCAUCACCAGUUAGACAGAGGUACAGUGUGACUUGGAUUUCUGACAGUGAGCAACGACAGAACCAUGGAGUUGCUUGACCUCCGUAGUUAAAGUUACAGCUGGAGUUAACCACCUUGGGAUUCAGGGUCAGUGACUUGCAAGAGAAAAAGCAGUGGGGAGUCACCUAGUACCGCGUACAGAGACUUGAACGAUCAUGUGGAAUUUUGACAACUAUGAGAAUAAAUGGACCUGGAACUUGGGAAGGAAAACCAUUUCAACAAUGACUAGGUCACCCAUCAUGACUAACUACAGAUGAUUUGCCAUUUCAUUUACAAA